GGGAGAGACAGGGACCCGCAGGCCGGAGGAGCGCGAGGCCCCCCCCCCGUUCCGCCUGACGCCGCGCGCCUCUCGGCUGUCCGGGCGUUGCCCGGCCCCUUCUCUUUGGCGCAUGCGCAGCAGCGGCACGUCGUCUCGGGGAAGGUGCUGUUGGUGGCCGCGGCCUAAGCCCGGGGGGUGCGCGUUCCGUCCCCCCCCGCCCCCCAGGUGAUGUCACUGGCCAUGGAGGGCACAGAGCCCGCGGAGGAGACGCCCCUGCUCUCUGCAGCCAUGCGGGCAAAGAUAGAGCGGAAUCGCCAGCGUGCGCUGAUGCUGCGACAGGCCCGGUUGGCUGCCCGGCCCUACCCUGCUGCCCCCAACGAAGAAGGAAGCUGCGUUAAAGAUGAUGAAAGGAACAUGUCAGAACAUGCAGGAUCUUCAGGAAGUGCUAAAGUUAAAGCACCUCCAAAGAUAAUUGACACAGGGGGAGGGUUCUUUUUGGAAGAGGAGGAAAAGGAGGAACACAAGGUUGAGAAAAUUGUCCAUCAGCCAGGACCUGUACUAGAAUUUGAUUACCUUAUUUGUGAGGAAUGUGGCAAACAAUUCAUGGACUCAUAUCUCAUGCAGCACUUUGAUUGGGCAACAUGCGAUAAUUGCAGAGAUGUUGAAGGUAAGCAUAAGCUUAUAACAAGGACUGAGGCAAAGCAAGACUACCUUCUUAAAGACUGUGACUUAGAUAAGAGAGAACCGGUGCUCAAAUUUAUUUUGAAGAAAAACCCUCAUAAUUCACAGUGGGGUGACAUGAAGCUUUACUUAAAAUUACAGGUAAUAAAACGUUCGCUUGAAGUUUGGGGUAGUGAAGAAGCGUUGCAAGAAGCAAGAGAAACCCGCCAAGAUAAUAGAGAGAAGAUGAAACAGAAAAAGUUUGAUAAAAAAGUUAAAGAGCUCCGUCGAGCUGUUAGGAGCAGUUUGUGGAAAAGAGGAACAGGUUCCCACCAGCAUGAGUACGGACCCGAAGAAAACAUUGAAGAAGAUAUGUACAAAAAGACAUGUACUAUAUGUGGCCAUGAAUUAACAUAUGAGAAAAUGUAAUAGCCCUUGAUUGAUUUUACAUAAAAUGCACCUUUUGUAAUGUUAAUAUUUUGUAUCAAGUAAAAUAAAAAUGAUUGAAAGUAAA